ACUCGCCGCCGCCGGAGAGGCCGGUGACCUCUUGGCCGCCCCGCCUCGGAGGCUCAGAUGGCUCAGGCGAAGAUCAACGCGAAAGCCAACGAGGGGCGCUUCUGCCGCUCCUCCUCCAUGGCCGACCGCUCCAGCCGCCUGCUGGAGAGCCUGGACCAGCUGGAGCUCAGGGUGGAAGCUUUGAGAGAAGCAGCAACUGCCGUUGAGCAAGAGAAAGAAAUCCUCCUGGAAAUGAUCCACAGCAUCCAAAAUAGCCAGGACAUGAGGCAGAUCAGCGACGGUGAAAGAGAAGAAUUAAAUCUGACAGCAAACCGUUUGAUGGGACGAACGCUCACCGUUGAAGUUUCAGUAGAAACAAUUAGAAACCCCCAGCAGCAAGAAUCCCUAAAGCAUGCCACCAGGAUUAUUGAUGAGGUUGUCAGUAAGUUUCUGGAUGAUUUGGGAAAUGCCAAGAGUCACUUGAUGUCACUGUACAGUGCAUGUUCAUCCGAGGUGCCACCUGGGCCUGUUGACCAGAAGUUUCAGUCCAUAGUAAUUGGUUGUGCUCUUGAAGAUCAGAAGAAAAUUAAGAGAAGAUUAGAGACUCUGCUUAGAAAUAUUGAAAACUCUGACAAGGCCAUCAAGCUGUUAGAGCAUUCUAAAGGAGCUGGUUCCAAAACUCUGCAACAAAAUGCUGAAGGCAAAUUUAAUUAGUUUUGAAACAUAGGAGCACUUACAAAUAAUGACAUAAAAAUGAUUAAACAUUUGUUCUUUGUGUUAGGCAUAACAUUUGAUACUGAUUGUUGUUUCACAUGAGGAAAAUAUUCCAGUGUCAUCAGUUUUGUGAAUAACACAAUUAAAUCUAGAAAUAUUUUAAUUAUC